CCGGUCCGCCCGCCUCCCGUUGUGACAUCACGGUGAGGUCACGGUGACGUCACAGAGGCUGCACUGCAGUGGGCAAAGGCAGAGGGAGGGCGUUGCUCAGGUCACACUCUCCAGAGACUGCAGUCCUUUCUGCCAGUAGAAUCAGGCCAUUCCAACUUAUUUAUUAUUUACUGGUGGUAGGAAUAUUAGAAACUGCAGCAGUGGUGGUGGUGAUGGUAAUUGCAGAUCUAUUGGCAAUAGGACCAACAGUUGUGGAGAUCGUGUCUGUUCAGGCACAGAGGUCUAGACACCAUCAUCUCUCUGCCAGUCUGUCCCAGCCUGCUGUCCGCAGGGAUCUUCCGACAGGCAGCAGGCCCGAGUGCCGAGUCUGGCCGCUCUCCGGGCGCCCUCUGCAUCCCAGACACGACUCACCUCGGACUGCGCUGGAAAGGCACGGAUGGACCUCCCGGUAGCUCCCGGGGAACGCCGCGGCGGGACCGCCGUCCAGGAGAGGCCCUCCGGCCAGACGCUGCACCCCCGGCAGCGCCAGCCGAACUUAGCAAGCCUGCGGGACACGGAGCGCCACCACCUCCCUGUCCUUCCAGUCGCCUCCCCAGGGGGGCGCCGCCAAGCCCGGGAGAGGAUCUUCUCCACCUGCGAGGUGCCCGAAGCCGUCAUACAGCAGCUCAUCCGCAGCUCAGAGAGGGACAGGAGGCAGAGGGCCCUGCAGGCCCGGCGCAGCUGCCUGGGCCGGGCCUGGGGCGCGCUGCUGGACCGGUGCCGCCUGCUCUACCAGAUCGUCUUCGCCUUCACCGAGUCGCGCCCCCUCGACAACUUCCUGCUGGCCGUCGUGGUGCUGAACACGGGCGCGCUGGUGGCCCAGACCUUCGACAGCGUGGCCGUGCGCGGAGGCUGGUUCUUCUCCGCCAUGGACGCCAGCUUCCUCUCCAUCUACCUGAUGGAGUUCGCGCUCAAGGUGUUCGUCUGGGGCCGCGUCUACUUCAGGAACGCCUGGAACAUCCUGGACUUCGUCAUCGUCUUCAUGAGCCUGGUGGACUUCGUCCUGCCCCUGAUCCAGUCCACCAGCAGCUUCAGCAGUGGGAACGCCUCCACGGUCUUCCGAAUCCUGCGCAUCUUCAAGGGCAUCAGGGCCAUCCGGGCCUUCCGGGUGCUCCGGACGAUCCGAUUCUUACAGAACCUGCAGGCCAUCAUGUCCACCUGCCUACAGUCUCUCCAGUCCAUGGGAGCCAUCAUCGUACUAAUGUUCACCUUCCUGUUCAUGUUUGCGGUCAUCUUCCGGGAGAUGUUCAGUGUGUCGGACCCAGAUCGCUUCGGGUCCAUGUUCAAGACCAUCUUCACCCUCUUCCAGCUGCUCACCCUGGACGACUGGGCCUACAUCUACUCCACCAGCCGAGACCAGGGCUACCCCUACAUCAUCAUCUUCCUGGUGCUGUACAUCGUGGUGGAGUACUUCACCUUCCUCAACCUGUUCAUCGCCGUCCUGGUCGAUAACUUCCAGCUGGCCAUCAAGAGGCGCAUGGAGAGGAAGAAGGACAAGUCCUGCACCCUCGACGACUCUGAGGACGACACGGCGGCUCUGAAGAAGAAGGGUCAGCCGUCAGGGGAGCAGGACAACGAGACCUUCCUUCAGAGAGCCAUUCAGCAGAACUACAGCCAGAACAAAUUCAGCAAGAGGGAGGUCCAGCUGAUGACCAGCUACUUCCGGCUGCUGGCGGCCAUCGACCUCCAGCACCACGCCUUCCGGUCGCAGGGAGCCACGCUGGACCGGGUCGUCGACACCUUCUUCGAGGCGGCGGAGGAGGAGGAGGAGGAGUGUCACAGGCAGGAGAAGGACUGAGAGCCCCCCACAGCCCCCCCCCAAUAAAGACCCUGCUGACCCACA